CCUGGUCUCCCUGAAGCCCCAGUAGUUCUUGUUGUUCCUGGGCUAUCUGGAGUCCCACCAGUUCCGGCUGUUCCUGGCCUUCCUGGUCGGCCUGGCGUCCCACCUGUUCCAGGUGUUCCUGGCCUUCCUGGAGUCCCACUUGUUCCUUGUGUUUCUGGUCUUCCUGAAAUCCCGCCAAUUCCUGGUGUUCCUGGUAGUCCCGGUCGGCCUAGAGUCCCGCUUGUUCCUGAUGUUCCUGGCCUUCCUGAAAUCCGGCCAGUUCCUGGACGGCCUAGAUUCCCGCUUGUUCCUGGUGUUCCAGGAGUCCCGCCAGUUCCUGCUGUUCCUGAGUCCCACUUGUUCCUUGUGUUCCUGGUCUUCCUGAAAUCGUACCAGCUCCAGUUGUUCCUGGUCGCCUAG